UAAUGAAAAGAAAAAAAAAAAAAUUGUUUAAAAAAAAAAAAAAUAAUAAUUCCAAAUUAAUUCCGGAAUUUAUAGCACAAGCCAGAUAAAAACCUCACCAUUUAAAAACAAGGUUCUUGCUGUAGUUUAUAUAUACAUACACGCGCGCCGCUCACACACAUGUUAUACAUCUUUACAUGUGUCCAUAUACGACCUAAAACCCCUCUCUCAUUAUAUGUGAAUAAUACACACCAAACUUAAAACCUUUCUUCACAGGAUUUAAUUUAUUCUUUCGUUUCUCUGUUUUCGUAUCGAAUAUAUUAGAAUAGGGUUAGAUUGUAUCGAAGUUUUGAUCCAUGGAAGAGGCGAGCCAACAUGGACAAGUCACCGCAACCUCAUCUGGUGAUGGGAGGACUGUUGAUUCAGAUAACUUGACAGAAAAGCCACUUCCGCCUGAAGUUGACAGGAUUGUUUCUGCAAAUCCUUCUCUGGAUGCUGCCGUCGCAGGACCUUCAAGUCAUGUCGCAAAUGAGCCUGAAUCCUCCAAUACAGAUGGAAUCACCAAAGCUGCGUACCCUCCAAGUGCCCACUCGCGGGAACAAUCUUUAUAUUAUGGAGGUUAUGACAACAGCACUGGUAACUGGGAUGAAUAUCCUCACUAUGUUAAUGCAAACAGCUUGCAGGUUGUACCCCCGGUGAGGAUAAAUCUCUUUCCUUUGCACUUCUCUCAUUCACCUUCAAAUGUAACUCAUCUGAUGUUUCUUUCUUGUUUGACCCAACUUCGGCAAUGGACAAUGAUAAUCCAUCUCUUGUCUUUCAUUCCGGUUAUGGCUUCGAUACUUAAGUGGCAUACGGACAAUUUUCCCCAAUAG